AUGAGGUGUCGGGAGACCCACGUCACGAGAGGAGGUCGAGGUGAACCACCGAUGCCGCGAAGGAUGAGUCAAGAGACCAAGCGUUUGAGGUCAAGAAUACCACUGUCGGUGGAGGAGUCCAAGGAGACCACGCCCGAGAGGAGGGUCAAGGAGACCACGCCAGAGGAGGAGGUCAAGGAGACCACUGCCCAGAGGAGGUCAAGGAGACACGCCCGAGAGGAGGUCGAGGAGACCAAGAGCCCGAAGGAGGAAGGUCUAGGGACCACGCCCCGAAUGGUCAGGGACCACGCCCUGAGGAGGAGGUCGAAGGAACCACGCCCGAGGAGUAGUCAAGAAGACCACGCAAAGGAGGAGGUCAAGGAGACCACGCCCGAAGGAGAGGUCGAGAGAGCACGCCGGGAGGAGGUCGAGGAGACCAACAGCCCGAGGAGGCAGAGUGAGGAGGUCAAGGAGACACGGCCCGAAAAGGAGGUCAAGGAGACGCACGCCUCCCGAGGAGAGUUCGAGGAACCACGCCCGAGGAGAGGUCAAGGAGACCACGCCCGAGAAGGAGUCAAGGAGACACGCCAGAGGAGGAUGUCGAGGAGACCACGGCACCGAGGAGGAUGUCAAGAAGACCACUGCGGUGGUCAGAAACCACGCCAGAGGAGGAGGUCAAGGAGACCACGCCCGAGGAGGAGGCCAGGAGACACUCCCGAAGAGGAGGUCAAUAGUACCACGGCCCGAGACCACGCCCGAGGAGAGGUCGAUGAUACCACGCCAAGGAGGAGUCGAGGAGCCCACGCCGAGGAGGAGGUCAAGGAGACCACAGCCCGAGGAGGAGGUCAAGGAACCCACGCCAGAGGAGAGGUCGAGGAAACUCACGCCAUGGAGGAUGUCAAGGAACCACGGCCCCGAGGAGGAUGUCGAGAACCAACCCGCCGAGGAGAGGUCGAAGGAGACCACGCCCGAGAAGGAGGUCGAGGAGACCACGCACGACAAGGAGUGCGAGGAGACCACUGCCCGAGGAGGAGGUCGAUGAGACCACGCCCGAGUAGGAGGUCGAGUGAGACCACGCCCGAGGAGGAGUCGAGGAGACCACGCCAGAGGAGGAGGUCGAGGAACCACGCCCGAGAGGAGUCGAGGAGACCACGGCCAGUAGUAGGAGGUCGUGAGACCACGAAGGAGCCCUGCGGAUGA